AAAAAUUAUAUUAGUCUCAUAUAGCGCUUUUUACGUUCACCAUAUCAGUAUUUUGCUAAUUCGAUCCUCUGUCUAUGUUGUGAAUGGACUUGACUACCGUAAUAAUCGCCGAGAACGUCAUCAGUUCAAGUUUGCUCUGCUAGGAGACAUGUUCGCCACAGUGCGGAUGCUGCUGCUGCUGCUGGCCGCAGUGGCGUUAAUUAUUGUCGUUUCUGCCACGCAGCUCGAAAUCAAGGAUCCGGCCGUGCGUGACAGGAACUAUCGUCUACCGAAUGGAACCAUUCCCAUCCAUUACAAUCUUCAACUAAGGACGGAAGGCCACACAGGAAACAGCAGCUAUGAAGGAUCGGUGCAGAUCUUUUUUGAUGUCGUGCAAACAACCAAAGAGAUUGUUGUUCAUUCCGUUAAUCACAUUGUACAGGGUGUUCGUUUGUAUAAGACUAUUGAUGGGACAAAAAGUGAACAGCUUAAACAACCAUCGGUAAUGUUGGUGCGUGAUAGUGAACAACUAAUUGUCAAUUGUGACGAUUUUUUACCUAGCGAAACCUAUAUGCUGGACAUCAAUUUCAACGGAACUGCAACGGAAGAUAUUAACGGUAUUUUCCUGAGGGAUUACAACGACAGCAGCGACAAUCGACAAUACUACAUAGCUAGCCAUUUCGAACCAAUUUAUGCACGGAGAGCAUUUCCCUGUUUCGAUGAACCAUCCUUGAAGGCAACCUUCAACGUUUCUAUCAUUCAUCACAAAUCACAGAUCGCUACCUCCAACAUGCCCCUAGCGGCACAGCUUCCGUACGACACGGAUUACGUAGUGUCACACUUCCGUCAAACGCCUAAAAUGUCUACGUAUCUACUGGCCUUCAUGGUUUCCGGCUUUGCUCACCGAACUGCAGGAAUCCAAACGGUGGUGGCUCGAGCAGAAGGGAUGGAAAAUACCGGCUUCUCCAUGCAAGCUGCCGCACGCAUGCUCAAGGUUCUAGACGAAUACACCGGACUGCCGUACAGCGAAACGAUGCCGCAGCUAACGCAUCUUAUCGUUCCCAUAGCAACCCAAUGGCAAGCAUCCGAGAACUGGGGAUUGAUUUUCUACCAGGAAAAGUUUUUCCUUUUUGAUCCAGCGAACCAGCAGGCCGACCGACAGCAGCGGUUUGAAAUAUUGAAGAUUAUUUCCCAUGAACUAACGCACCAGUGGUUCGGGAAUUUGGUAACACCAGCCUGGUGGAGCUAUGUAUGGCUUAAGGAAGGAUUCGCCACGUUGUACGAACUUUACAUUCUGCAGCUAGCCUAUCCGGCGGAACCUUUUAUGGAUCUUUUUAAUUUGAAGGUUUUACAGCUUGGGUUGCAAGAUUCCAGCGACAGACCGCCAAUUGUUCGAAAUUGUUCCAAUAAUGCAGAAAUCGAGCAAGUCGAUGUUGUGUCAACCUAUCAGAAGCCGGCGGCAGUGUUGAACAUGUUUCGGCUGGUGGUCGGAGACGCUAGGUGGCAAUUGGUUGUGCAGAAUUUUCUAAAGCACCGAGCGCUGGAUUCAGUGACGCCGGAAGAUUUUUACGCCGAGCUGGAGUUGGUAUUAGGGACCAGUGACCAGGACCAGGCGUUUCCCGCAACGCAUACCGUCAAGCAGGUCUUCGAUUCAUGGGUGAAUCUGGCAGGAUCGCCAAUAUUAAAUGUGCGACGAUUAUAUCGCAACCAAAAAGUGAUAAUUUUCCAGCAACGAAUGGAAUCGUGUGUGGAAAGUAAUCUUUGGGUGAUUCCGUACGAUUAUGCUUAUGCUACGGAGCAUUUUGAGAAACAUGGUCCCGUGCACUGGUUGACGAAGCAAGCCGCCAAAAUUACGGUGGAGGCCUCCGCCGAUGACUGGAUUGUUUUCAAUAAGCAGCAGUUUGGAGUCUAUCGGGUGAACUACGACCAACGAAACUGGCAGAUGAUUAUCGAAGCCCUCCGGAAGAAUGUGUCCAGCAUACAUCGACUGAAUCGAGUGCAGCUGCUGAACGAUGCCUUCUACCUGUCUCUGGAGAAUAAAGUGGAUAUCGCAAUUAUGCUUGGAUUGAUGACGUCUCUUCGAGACGAGCGGGAAAAUAUAGUAUGGCAGGCUGCUGUGGAUAUUUUCAACUAUUUCUGUACGGAACUAAUUGCUUCCGAAUAUGGCAAACAAGUCAAGGCCUUUUUCAGGUAUCUGAUAGAACCGUUUUACAGGAGCAUUAUGGUAACAGGUGAGAAUCUUAUUUCCGAUGUUUUCUCACUUCGUAAAACAAUCACCGAACUGUCCUGCUUAAUGGACAAUGAAGAGUGCCUUAAUCGAGCAAAAAUAGAAUUUAAGCAAGCUGUUUUGAAUAACAAGUCAAUUCGAACGAUGGAUUACAAGACAGUUUUCUGCUUUGGGCAACGGAAUUCCAGCGAAUUGGAAUUCAAUUGGCUGAUAAGACAGUUCCUGGAUGCUGCUAGUCAAGAAGAAGGACGUGAACUGUUAUCGGUGAUUGCGUGUUCCGACAGACCGGAUCACCUAACGAAGCUAAUCGUAGAGGUGCAUAAGGCGAGCUUGGAUGACGACGAUACAUGGUGGGACCUAUUCGAUAGUUUUGUAACCGGCAUGGAGGACGGAUUUGUCUGUAAACAAUUCGGUGCCGUGAUGGAACUGUUAGGAAACGGUACGAUAGCGAAACGUUUACUCGGAGGAAAACAAAUUAGAGCGGCAAUCCUAUGCAUGGCAGACCAAUCGAGCACGGUGGAAGAGCAGGAAAAAUUGAUUAAACUUGUAAAUAAUCUAGAGAAUAAUCUAACCGAUGUUACGGAGGUACGACUUCGAAAGUACUUUCAAAAUCUAGCAGAUAAUUUGAAAACUGUUAACUAUUUAGCGAUGAUGGAUUUUAUUGAAAAUUAUUUUAGAAAAUUGAACGAAGUUUUGUAGUAAGAUUUGCGAAUAAGUAACCCGAAUGUUACGAUUCGACGAGAAAUUCGUAUCAUAGAAACAUGUUUAGAAAAACACACUCAGCUUAAAAGCUUGUCUCAUUUAGAUAAAUGUUCUUGCUGGUCAGUUUUGUCAGACAUAGCUAAAACUAUCUGACUGCUGUAUGAUAACCUGUAAAGCUCCAUUUUGUCACCAAAAAAAUGAACAAUAAUAUAAUCAAAAUAUUGAUGUUUAGCCAAAUAUAAAAACUAAAAACAAAAUUACAGCACACA